GCUUGUCUGCCCGCAGGCAUGGAGCCGGAGGUGAACGGGGCGGAGCGCCACUGGAUCCGGCCCGACCUGCCGAGCCGCUGCACCUGGAGCCUGGGGACGCCCCCGAAGCAGAGCCCCCACCUGCACCGGAGCGCGUCUGCGCUCCCGAACAUCCUGCCCAAUAUCCUGGGUAAAGUGGGCAACACUCCGAUGGUGCGUCUGAACAAGAUCCCCCAAGCACAUGAACUACAGUGUGAGCUGUUGGUCAAGUGCGAAUUCUUUAAUGCGGGUGGCAGUGUGAAGGACCGAAUUGCCAUGCGAAUGGUGGAAGAUGCAGAGAGUUUGGGGAUUCUCAAACCCGGCGCCACCAUCAUCGAACCCACCUCAGGAAAUACAGGAAUCGGUCUGGCUCUGGCAGCAGCAGUGAAAGGCUAUCGCUGUAUCAUCGUGCUGCCGGAGAAGAUGAGCUCAGAGAAGGUGGAUGUACUGCGAGCACUUGGUGCCGAGAUUGUUCGAACACCCACCCAAGCGAGUUUCGAUUCACCAGAAUCACACGUUGGUGUUGCUUGGAGGUUGAAGAAUGAAAUUCCCAACUCAUGUAUCCUGGACCAGUAUCGGAAUGCCGCUAACCCUUUGGUCCAUUAUGAUGAAACUGCGGAGGAGAUCCUUUGGCAGUGUGAUGGGAAGGUGGACAUGCUUGUUGCUGGAGCAGGAACUGGAGGAACCAUCACUGGGAUUGCUCGAAAGCUGAAGGAGAGAUGUCCAAAUUGUCAGAUUAUUGGAGUGGAUCCAGAAGGUUCCAUCCUAGCAGAACCUCAGCAUCUGAACCAAACAGAUAUCAGCACAUAUGAAGUGGAAGGAAUAGGCUACGAUUUUAUCCCUACGGUUCUUGACCGAUCGGUUGUGGACAAGUGGUACAAGAGCAAUGACGAAAGUUCAUUUCAAAUGGCCCGCCAGCUGAUCAGAGAAGAGGGACUACUAUGUGGUGGAAGUUCGGGGAGUGCUGUUUCUAUUGCUGUCCAGGCAGCCCGAAGCCUGAAGAAAGGACAGCGAUGUGUGGUUAUCCUCCCAGACUCCAUCCGCAACUACAUGUCCAAGUUCCUCAGUGAUAAAUGGAUGGUACAAAAGGGAUUCCAACAGAAACUUGCAGAACCUGGCCAGAAGCCCUGGUGGUGGAAAGUUCGUGUUGAACAGCUGAAAAUUUUAGCGCCUCUGACUGUGCCACCAUCUAUGUCCUGUCGAGAAGCCAUGGAGAUUCUACAUGAGAAAGGAUAUGACCAGGCUCCUGUGGUCACUGAGGCAGGGCAGGUUCUGGGAGUGGUGACUCUCAGUCACAUGCUCAGCUCCAUCUUGACCGCGAAAGUCCAACGUAAUGAUCCAGUCAUUCAAGUUCUUAUCAAGCACUUUCCACAGGUGUCAACCUUGCGAGAUCUGGUGCUGGACAUGCUGAACAGUCAGACAGCUCUUCCCAUCGCCACAGGGAGCCGCAGCACAGAGGUGAAAGAGCCACAAAUGGCUCGGGAGCCGCAGGUUGCCGACCCCCGGUCUAGGGGAAAAGGAGAUCCAGCCACUCACCAACCCCACCUCCCGUACACGCAGGUGCUGUGAGAAUCGAGUUUAUGCCUCGCGCCCGCCAACAGUAUCAAACCCACAACAAAUACCGUUAUGAGAUACACUUUAAAGAGUUUACUAAAAUUAAGAGUAGUAGGCAAUACAAUAUAUAUAUAUAUACACACACAAGGAAAAAAACAAAAGGCGCCAACUUAUCAAAGUUAAGUCUGUUUAGUGCACUGGUUGGAGCUCAAUCAACGGACCAAUCGACCCAUACAACCAUCGCACCUGGGACCACCCCGGUGGUCUUACGAGCAGUCCAGCACACGUCCACCUUCCUCGGCGUCUUCCUCGGCCUCUCCUCACACCCAAAAACCUGCGAAAACCCCUCCCCCAAGUUCCCAGCAUCACAAGACACAAUAACAUUCCCCAUUGAUUAACAAAUGAAUACAAUUACCAUAUCAGCCAUUUUAAAGCGAAACAACGGCAAGAGAAACACUUAUCUGACAAAGAAGCAUUCCUACUUGUAACAAACCAAAGAGGCCAUUUUGAGUAACAUACACAGGACAUUGUACAUUCUCUCCCCACCAGCAAAUGUCAUGCCCUCAUGGCAUUACUAGAGUUCCCCAAAGCUUCUUGCAACACACAAAACCCAACCCAGGUGCAGAAAGCAGCGACAUAACUACCCAGAGCAGCAGAAAUCACACUCGGUUCUCCUGGUACCACAUAUGUCAACCGCUCCGGGGGGGGCGCCUAAUCCUCUGAGAUCUCCAUACCCCUUCUGCCCCACUGGGCUCCCUCGUCACCUGCGAACCCACUGUCUCGGACACCCCAGGUCUAUCUGACAGACCCGCACCCCCUUCCUCACAGGGGUUCUCCCUCACCUGAGAUCUUUCCGGCUCACGCUCGAGUUCCACCCUCUCUCCCACCAAUGUUGGCUGCCUCUCCAUCUGACCCUCAAGACCUUCCCUCCUCUCACCCAAUUCAGUAUGGGAAGGGCCAGGAGCCUCCUCUCCUGGUACUGGAGCACCAGCGAAUGGGAACAAGGCCCACUCAUCUGAGUCGUCCUCUUCUGAAUCGGUAGCCAUUCCCGGGUGAGGGAUCCGUCCCCGCUCUUCAGCAGCGGGCUCUUCCCAUUCUCCGCGCCCUCGCAGAGUCCUUGUACUAGGCGUAACCUCCCACUCGGGCUCCUUAUCCACCUGCACCGCUUGACCCAGUGGCAGCAGGUGAUUCCUAUGGAGUACCUUGAUAGGCCCUUUCCCAUCCUCAGGUUUCACCCGGUAAACUGGCAGGUUCGGCAUCUGGCUCUCUAUUACAUAGGGGCUGGCUGCCCAUCGAUCUGCCAACUUGUGCUUACCAGGGAGUCCCAAAUUCCGUAAAAGGACCCGGUCGCCCGGUAAUAAUUGUACAAACUUCACCUUUUGAUCAUACCGCAUCUUAUUCCUCUGAUUUUGUUUGGUAGCCGCCGCCUCGGCCAACUCGUACGCCCGCUGUAACUCCCUCUUCAUGUUGGACAUGUACUUUAGAUGGGACUUCCCGGGUAAUUCACCCACUCCACCACUUGUAUCACUGAGGAUCACUCCCGUAGGCCCGCGCCCCUUUUCCGCCCCAACGCUCUCUCUUCCUCUCGCACCUUUCUAAUCAGUUGCCCGAAGGAUGGAGGGGGACCUUUCCUAUAAGCCUGCCGGAUAGUCCACGCCACCUUGUCCUCCUCCAGAGAGCCACUGAAUAUCUGACUCAUCCUCACGCUAGCCACAUCAGUCACCUUUACUACCCCCCGGCGCCGCAGCCCCGAGAGCAUCCCCUCCAUCCUAAAUAUGUACUCGGAGAGCUUUUCCCCUCUCCAUUGUUCAAGGUGUUGGAACUCUGCUAAAAGCAGCCAGGGUUCCCCUGACAACCCAAACGCUCCCUCCAAAACUUCUAUACAUUCCUCCACUGAGGCCCCAGGCUUCUCAGCUUUCAACUCCUGGACGGUUUUGGCUGCUAAACCCCUCAAACUUCCCACCAAUCGCUGCCUCUUCUCCUCCUCCGAGCCUGGCCACACCUCUAACAUCAAGGACGUAUGCUCGAUCCAGGUCUCAUAGUCCACCUCCCCGACCGGAGUAGGCUUAGCUCCGGAGAACACCCCCAGCUUCAGCCGUGGCCUCUCGGCCACCCCCACCAGGGAAUUAAGUGCGGCUGCCAGCUCCGAGGCUUCCACCCUACCUGGGGAGCGGGGCUUAGUCCCGACUCCCUCCUCCCACCUCACUUUACUAGUGCCGGGCACCUCUCUGGGGUCCACCUCUAGCUCUAACUCCUCCUCCGAUGUCUCCUCAUCCUUGUAGGAGUGGAGCCCCCACGGCCCCUCCUCCCCCGGUACACUGACCGUCGCCGGCAGUUCCACCGUCCUGACUUCAGCACUCGUACGAACCAACACCCAGCUAGACUCUACCUCUUUACCACACCGUCUAGCUACCAAUUCUACCUGCCCAAUACCCUUCACCGAACUUAAACCCCGCACUAUCGCGUCUCCCGAAACUCGAACAUCCACUCCGCUCACUACGCAUGCGUACUGUACUGGUACAUCUUCAAACUGGCACCAACAAAAAAUCUUAUCUCUGUCCAUCUCUGCUCUGCUGCCUGCGCGAUUCCAGAGCCCCUGACAAUCCAAUCCGGGACGAGCACCCCACAAAUGUAACACUUACCCAACAGGCUGGUAUAUGUCUAGGGGAAAAGGAGAUCCAGCCACUCACCAACCCACCUUCCGUACACGCAGGUGCUGUGAGAAUCGAGUUUAUGCCUCGCGCCCACCAACAGUAUCAAACCCACAACAAAUACCGUUAUGAAAUACACUUUAAAGAAUUUACUAAAAUUAAAAGAGUAGUAGGCAAUACAAUAUAUAUAUAUACAAGGAAAAAAACAAAAGGUGCCAGCCAACUUAUCAAAGUUCAGUCUGUUUAGUGCACUCGUUGGAGCUCAAUCAACGAACCAAUUGACCCAUCCGGCCGUCGCACCUGGGACCACCCCGGUGGUCUUACGAGCAGUCCAGCACACGUCCACCUUCCUCAGCGUCUUCCUCGGCCUCUCCUCAGACCCAAAAACCUGCGAAAACCCCUCCCCCAAGUUCCCAGCAUCACAAGACACAAUAACAUUCCCCAUUGAUUAACAAAUGAAUACAAUUACCAUAUCAGCCAUUUUAAAGCGAAACAACGGCGAGAGAAACACUUAUCCGACAAAGAAGCAUUCCUACUUGAAACAAACUAAAGAGGCCAUUUUGAGUAACAUACACAGGACAUUGUACACUUGGAUGUUAACCUUCCAGCUAUGAUCCCCACAAGCCACGAUUCAGUGAUGCCCACAAUGCCAUACCUGCCAAUGUCUUAACUGUGCAACAAUAUCAUCUACCUUGUUCUGUAUACUGUGUUCAAAUAUAACAUCUUCACUCCUGUAUUUGUUUUUGUCAUUCUGGCCCCAUUGCUCUUCAUCUCAUCCCAUUGACUACAAUUUUGCCCUGAUUUCUGUCUUCCUCGCAGUCUCACUACACAUUGCAUCUACUUGAAUACCAACUACCCUAUCCACAGUCCUAUUACUCCAGCCCAAUCCCCCUGCCAAAUUAGAAACCCUCCGUAGGAGCUCUAGCAGACCUGCCCACAAGAAUAUUGGGUCCCCCAUCGGGUUCAGGAGUAACCCGUCUUCUUUGCUAGGUCAUACCUUCCCCAGAAGAGAUCCCAAUCAUUCAGAAAUCUGAACCCCUGCCCUUCCCUAAAAUCUCUCUUCAGGAACCGCCCCCCCAGCUCCGUUUUCAUAACCUACAUCGUUGGUACCAAUAUGUACCACGACUUCUGGCUGUUCACCCUCCCCAUUUAGAAAGCUAUUGACCUAAUGUGAGACAUUCCUGACCCUAUCACUUGGGGGAAAACAUACCAUCCAGAUGUCUCUUUCAUGUCCACAGAAUCUGCUUCCUGUUCCUCUAAUUAUGGAAAUCCCUAUCAUUACCUCUGUUAUCCCCUUUCCUUUCUGAGCCACAGUGCCAGAGACCUGGUUGUUGCUGUGUUUUUCUCUGGUAGGCCUCCCACUCCCCCACCAACAACAGUAUCCAAAGCGGUCUACUUAUUAUUGAGGGGAAAGUCAUGGGGGUACUCUGCAUUGGCUGCCUAUUCCCUUUCUUAGAUCCCUCAAAGUUGCAGCAUAAAUUGAUAGAGUAGUUUUGAAGACGUAUGAUGUGUUGGCCUUCAUUAGUCAGAGGAUUGAGUUGAAGAGGUGUAUAAAAUUCUGGUUAGGGAAUAGGCAGCCAAUGCAGAGUACCCCCAUGACUUACCCCACAAUAAUAAGUAGACCGCUUUGGAUACAGGCACCUGCAUCUUGCAACUUGGAGGUGAACUUUCUUGUUGCUCCUAGCUAUUAGCUUCUAGAUUUCCCGUAUGAGUUGAAGGCCAUCCAGCUGCAGUUCCAGCUCCUUAACAAGAUCUCAGGAGGUGCAACUUGGUGCAGAUGGAGGUCUUCGAGAGCUCCUACAUUGCACACAAGGAAUAUACCACUAAUUCUGAACCCAUUCUCAGUGCACUCGCUAUGUACUACUAGAAACAUUUUUACAUACUUAGACCCUCCCCUGUGUUUGCCCAAGCCAGUUGAGCCAAAGCUGGACCACUCCUUAACAAUGGCAGCUCCACUUAUACCUCCUUUCCUUUUAUUGGCCCUACGUUGAUUUCAGUCCACAGAGAGCUAGAAGGAGACAUGAGAAGACCUUGGUGAGUAGAAUGAAAUAAAACCCCAAGGUGUUCUAUACAUAUGUGAGGAACAGGAUAAUGACUAGAUUGAGUGUAAGACCAAUCAGGGAUAGUAGAGGAAACAGGUGUUAGAGGAGGUAGGGAAGGUCCUUAAUGAACAACUUGCUUCAGUCUUCAACAAUGACAGGUACCCUGAAGAAUGUGAGGACAGCAUAGAGCAGGCUGAUAUACCGGAACAUCCAGAAAAGUAUAACACGAUACACUUUGGAAGAUCAAACUUGAGUACAGGAUUACUGGCAGAAUUGUUAGCACUGUGGAGGUACAGGGGGAUAUUGGGGUCCAUGUCCUUAGAUCCCUCAAAGUUGCUACAUAAGUUGAUAGAGUAGUUUUGAAGACGUAUGAUGUGUUGGCCUUCAUUAGUCAGAGGAUUGAGUUGAAGAGGUGUAUAAAAUUCUGGUUAGGUGCACAAUAGUGUAUGUUAUUUUAGAAAUAUGGGGGAGCUUUAGAGAGGGUGCAGAAGAGAUUUACCAGGAUGCUGCCAUAAGAUACGUAUCUUCUGAGAGCAUUGUUGUAAAUGGUGUAGGAUUGCUGAGUGCAGGGGAAGACUAGGAGAGGCUGCAGUUCCUCAGGUGAGAUCAUGAGUUCCAACAGACCACAUGCUGCAUUCCAAUUCAAACUCCAUCCACACCCCAGUCUGCUCCAGAGCUGCCUAGAUGAAAAUAGUUCUUAAGGGCUGGGCAUUGUCCCCACCCCCACAAUUUCUCAGACUGUUGAAGGAUUGAUUCUUCUUAUUUCAUAAGACGUAGGAGCAGAAUUAGGCCAUUCAGCCCAUUGAGUCUGUUCCGCCGUUCCAUCAUGGCUAAUCCCAGAUCCACUCAACCCCAUACACCUGCCUUCUUGCCAAAUCCUUUGAUGCCCUGACCAAUCACCUUCUGCCUUAAAUAUACACAUGGACUUGGCUUCCACUGCAGUCUGUGGCAGAACAUUUCAGUUUUACUAUUCUCUGGCUAAAAAAAAAAAUUCUCCUUAAUUCUGUUCUAAAGAAUUACCCUUCUAUUUUGUGGCUAUGCCCUCUAGUUCUGGAUACUCCCACCAAAGGAAACAUCCUUCCAUAUCUACGUUAUUUAGUCCUUUCCACAUUCGGUAAGUUUCAGUGAGAUCCACCCCCAACCCCCCCCCCCCUCCCCCACCGCGUUCUUCUAAAUUCCAGGGAAUACAGGACUUUAUAUUCAAUUGCCCUUGAAAUGAAUGCCAACAUUGUGUUUGCAUUUGCCUUUACCACAGACUCGACCUGUAAGUGAACUUCCUGGGAGUUGUGCACAUGGACUCUGCACCUCUGAUGUUUGAACCUUCUCCCCAUUAGAUAAUAGGUUUAACUAUUGUUCCUUUUACCAAAAUACAUUAUCAUACAUUUCCCAACAUUAUUUCAUCUGGCACUUAUUUGCCCAUUCUUCGAAUUUGUCAAAGUCCUGCUACAAUCGCAUUGCUUCCUUAGCACUACCUACCCUCCACCUAUCUUCAUAUCACUCACAAACUUUGCCACAAAGCCAUCAAUUCCAUUAUCUAAAUCACUGACAAACAAUGUGAAAAGUAGUGGUUCCAAUACUGACCCCUGAGGAACUCCACUUGUCACUGCAGCCAACCAGAAAACGUCCCUUUUAUUUCCCACUUGUUGCCUCCUGCCUGUCAGCCAUUCCUCUAUCCAUGUCAGUAUCUUUCCUGAAACACCAGAGGAUUUUAUCUUGUCAAGCAGCCUCAUGCGUGGCACCUCAUCAAACGCAAUUCCUGCUCCUUCUCUGAGGAAUGAGAAUAAUGUUCCUGCUGGUUGUCUAGUUCUGCGGUGGAACAGCAAACCAGAAAUGACAACAGAUGAGGACUUUUAUUUAUCACAAGCUGAUUUAUCCCAGUCUCCUAAGAUAGACACUCUCUGAGUUCUGAUAUGGAAAUGGAUUACAAAGGGAACAGUGAAGAUUCGAGUGUGUUUUCCUGAAGAAAUGCAACAUACCAUAAGACUCCUGACAGUGUAGAAGGAAUGCACUAAAUAGCUGUAGGAAAACAGCCCAGUGUAAUGUGGGGUAUAGUACAGUCUCUCACCACUGGCCCCAUCCUGUCAGCCUUCUCUGCCCUCGCUAUGGCCCAAACUGCUUACCACAUUGAGCACAUUAGCUAUCUCACA